UUUCCAGGUCUCCGUUUCAGUUUCAAACUCUUAUUAUACUUUAUUCCUUUCUUUCUUAAUUUUUUUUUUCUGUGAUCUCUCUCGAGUAACCGCAAUGUCGACGACGGAGAAGGAGAGAGAGACUCAUGUUUACAUGGCCAAGCUCGCUGAACAGGCCGAGAGAUAUGAAGAAAUGGUUGAGAGUAUGAAAAAAGUUGCGAAACUUGAUGUUGAGCUGACUGUGGAGGAGAGGAAUCUCCUUUCUGUGGGGUACAAAAAUGUUAUUGGUGCAAGAAGAGCUUCAUGGCGCAUUAUGUCGUCAAUUGAACAGAAAGAAGAGUCUAAGGGAAAUGAGCACAAUGUGAAAAUGAUCAAGGGUUACCGCCAAAAGGUAGAGGAGGAACUCUCCAAGAUUUGUGGUGAUAUUUUGAGUAUCAUAGACACCCACCUCAUCCCUUCUUCCACUUCCGGAGAAGCCACAGUUUUCUACUAUAAGAUGAAAGGUGACUACUACCGGUACCUUGCUGAGUUCAAGACUGACCAGGAAAGAAAAGAGUCGGCUGAGCAGUCUUUGAAGGGCUAUGAGGCUGCUUCUGCAACCGCAAACAAAGAUCUUCCUUCAACCCACCCAAUCCGUCUUGGCCUUGCUCUUAACUUCUCUGUAUUCUACUAUGAGAUAAUGAACUCUCCUGAAAGAGCCUGCCAUUUGGCUAAACAAGCCUUUGACGAGGCAAUUGCAGAGUUGGACAGCUUAAGUGAAGAAUCAUACAAGGACAGCACCCUGAUUAUGCAGCUGUUGAGAGACAACCUUACUCUCUGGACAUCUGAUCUGCCUGAAGAUGGAGGUGAAGAUAACUUCAAAGCUGAAGAAUCCAAGCCCGCUUCUGCUGCUGCAUCUACUGCAGAAGCUGAGCAUUGAUGGGUAAGUUGGGAGCUACAAUCGGCUAUGGGAAUUUUUAAAGCUUUUACAGAAGCAGCUUUGGUUUCAGCUAUUUCUUAGAAGUGGAUCUGGAUAGAAAAAAUUAACCAUUCAUGAUGCCAACUUAUCUUUUGAGUCUUGGCUAAGUCAGAUUAUAAACUGAUCACUUGUUCUGCAUUUUCCUCUUUCUUUCCAUUUAUUUUCCUUUUGUUUUGAGUGUUUCGUCUAUGACUUGUCAAAAAUAUUGGAUAUUUAUCACUAUUCUUUUAAUUCCAUUGUUA